CACGCUGGACCACUCCUUUUAUUCCCCUGGACGAGGGCAUGGGGAUGGAUUAUAAUAUGCUGGCGAGUUUCAUGCAUGGAGUCAACAGUGACGAACCAUUGUUAAAUGAAGAUCGUUUCUUUGCACACAAUAAUGAGGCAAUUGAAAGUUCAAAUAACUCCAACAAUGGUCAACAUACGGGUACAUCAAGUGGGAAUGGAGGAGGGUCGUCCCACAGUUCUCACCCCCCAGGGACACCUCAAGCCCCCAGCAGCUCCAAACCUCACACCCCUUCUCAACAGCAAACUUGAUGUAGACAGGACACCACAGAAUGAUCAGAAGUGACCUUUGAACUUGCAGAAAACAUGUUGCAGGCUGUGAUAUUUUUAAGGAGUUGAUUUUUUUUGUUGUUAAUAGAUCUGAUUUGAUUUUUUCCUCUUUUUAAGCUAGUCAUGUAAAUCAGACAUCUUGUGAAUUGUCUUUUUUUAAUGUUAAAAAAAUGGAAAAAGUACUAAUUAGAGGGAGAUGUUAAUUAUGUUAUGUUUUAGAACAAAAAAUAAUUAAUAUUUUCCAAGGUUGUUGUACAUCCUUUGUGAACAACUCCUCUUGCCAAAUGUGCCAAUUUUGGGACUCCGAAGUGUGUCCGUGUUUUUCUGAUCAUUUUGUGGCCCGGUAAAGUGCUCUGAAAUCGGCUGUGAUAGCAUUAUUAUGUACUUGUAUCUGUGUCAUGUGUCCACAAAGUCUCUUGUCUAAGACAUUACAAAUUAAUCUUGCAUUCUAUUUCUGCUAGCUCACCUUUGAAAAGGUAUGUGUAGGGAAAAUUUAAAACUGACUUUUUUUUAUCCCCAAACAUUCCAAGAAUGUGUUUGUUUCUACCUGACUUUUCUGUGGACAUGGCUCUCUGCAGUCUGAAGUGAUAUUAAUUUGUCAUUUCUUGGAUCAGGUCUUCAUUGCAAAAUCUGUGUUUUUUUGAAAAUAUGCAUGAAAUUUGAAAAAAAAAAUUUAACAGGGUGUGUAAAAUCUUAUAAUCAGGUGUGUGUUGAUUUAUUUGAAUAUAACAUGUCUUGUAGUCAGCAUUGAGAUUGUUUUGACAGCUUUAGUUUGUAUUCCCUUACUAUGCUAAGUAUUACUUGUGUAUUAAUUGUAAUGGGUGAUAUUAGAUGCACGGAGCCAAAUACAUUGUACUUUGAUUAGAAAGCUUGUCAUGUACUAAUAUAACGGUACAGUAGGUUUAUAGAGGAAAAAUCAUCGAUUCUAUGCAAAAAAAAAAUGCAUUGAUAUGUCAGUAGAUGUAAGUUUGUACCAAUUCAAAGUGUCUUUGUAGCCCCACCCAUUUUUGACUACUUAAACUUUCAUUCUUGUGCUAGUAAUAUAUUACAUGUCUUGUGCACAUAAACUAGUCACACCUAACUUUGCAAGACAUUUUGCAAGGUUGCAUCUCAUGAAUGAACUGGAAAAAUCUAAUAUGCAAAGUUUAUCCCAUAAAUCAUUGAUAAAUUCCAUGCACUUGAAAUUUCACCAUUUUUGCAGUAUUCAAUUUCUUGCCUUUAUUAAAAGAGGUUCCUUUUGAAAGGAAAGUAAAAUGAACGAUUAAAAAAGGAGAUGAUACAGGGGUCUUUUAAGACCUCAGAUCAUGUUUAUUAUUGUUAAGAAUUGUAUUUUAUAAUGUAUGAUAAAAGUUUUCUUGUGAUUUGGAAAGUUGUUUGUUUGAUGUUAAAUAUUACAUAUUCAACAUAUCAUUUGUUGGCUGAGCAGUUCAAUUAUAUCUAUCUAUUAUAUAAUUGUAAAUCAUUCAAAAGUAUAUUCAUACAGUUGCUGUCAAAAUUGUAAGCAGAUGAAAGGAAAGUGGUCCUAUGUUAAAGUAGUCUUCGUCAAUAUGUGCAGUGUCAUGCAGAAAAAUUUUCUUCACCGAAGAAAAAAAAUGUUAUCUACAAAUUGUUUUAGGAAAGAAUAAUAUCAGCAAAAAGUAGAAAUAAGUUAUAUUCUGUAAUCAUUUGUUGAGUAUUUAAGUGGUAACUUCUUGAGCUUGUAUACAACAAGUUUGUGUUUAUGUUGUGAACGAUACGAUGACUACCUCGUAAUUUAAUUGUGAUAACGGAGCGAUUUCCAUCCAGUUUAUGCAAAUGUUGGUCCUCUUUAUGUUGAUGUGGUCUUCAUAGCCUUCUUUAUUAGUGUUUGUUAUUAGAAAUGAAUGUUCUAAUGUUUCUUUCACUGUAAUUUUAUAUAUUUCGAAAUGCACACAAGAAACGAAAGAAAUUCAAUGUAGUAAUAAAUCAAAACUAUUUUUAAAAUGUUAAAGAAAUGAAAACAAUUUUGAGGCAUUUCAGUUGAAUUUAUCUUGAAGUCCUUUAAAUCAAAUUAACCAAAAGGCCAACAUUAUGUCUGUAUGAAGUAAAAUGUUGAAUGAAGUAGCUAUGCUUAAUCUGGCAUUGUCAGAAUACAUCAUUUCUGUGUGUCAUAUUUCAUCUUUUGUCAUCAAACUCUUUGUAUUUUCCCAAAUAUCACCAAUCUAUGCAGCUAUGUUCUUCCCUUUUUAGAUUUUUAUUUCAUUGCAAAGCCUCGUGUCUUUUUUGUUUAUUGGGAAGGGGGGCUUUUGUGAAUUGUGGAUAAUAGGCCUUUUAGUUAACUAGACGUCAUGCUAAACAACAGUUAAAGAUGGGUAUUAUUAAUGACUCUACUCACAAAGUCAUUGUUGGUAACACUUAUUAUUUUUAAGGAAGUUGAAAUUUGUUAAAGUUCUUGUAUUUGAAUCUAUAAUCAAAUUUGGAAGAAAAAAAAGGUAGUAAUGUUGUAAUAGGAAUAGAAGUAUGGUAGCUUUGUAAAAUACUCAAUUACUUUGUACAUAGAAAUCACUGAAAUGGCCAUAUUUGUUUGUAUUUCAUAUGUAACCCUUAUUUAUUGAUUUAUUAUAUACAAUAUAGCCACAUCCAUUUGAAUGAAAUCCAUUUAAUAUUCAUAAUAGAUUGAAUGUGUUUGUUUUUAACUUAUUCCAAUAUCCUUUCCUUUGUGUCUUUUAAGUUGGUGAAUUAGCUUUACAAAUCAUGACUUUUUCCACUUUUUAAAAAAAAUAUUGUUCAUUUUAGUAACCAAGCUCGCAUUGCUGAAGAAAAUUUGAUUAAAAAGACAAAAAGCCACAUGUCCAUAUAUGUAUUUUGUGAUUUGUACCCAAAAUUGCAAAUACAGUUACAACAAUUCACAGAGAGUUAUUCAGACUUUGAUUGCUACUGGAUGGAAUCUAUGGGAAAUCUUAAUUUCUGAAUUAUGAGUGACCAAAUUGUUGGAAAAAUAUAUGCAUGUGUAAUUUUUUAUUGUAGGUGUAUGUACGUUGUUUGCUAUCUGUAGAGGCACUGUACAUAAUUUGUUUUUAAAAAACCCACAAAACAAGUAGAUUAUUUAUUUAUUAUAUGAAAGUGAGAAAGUUUUAACCAGUUUUACGACGGGUGUGCCUAAAUUUGGAAAAAUGAAUUGAUUAUCAUUAUCUUAGCUGAUAGGAAGUGUGUUGGAGAAAUAACAAUGAUCUGUGAUGAAGAUAUUCUUUCAGAAGUAGAAGUUAUUAUUUAUACAAUUUUGACAUGUUUUUUUUUCUUUUGUGUAAAAUGGUAUGAAAAUUGUAUCACGUUUUUAUCAUGUCAACAAAAAAAAAAUACACAUAUGUAUUUAAUUGGUUGUUAUUAUUAAUUCUAGAUUUCACUGUAUGUUAUCAUAUCUAAUAUGCAAACACCCCAUAGCCAGAGUCAAUCCAGUGGAGUAGUGAGCAUGGUUUGAGAAGAGACCUUGGUUUUAGCAACAUUGUAGAAAACAGUGCUUUUUAGUUACAUGUUUAUAUUACCACUGUUGAACUCAAAUAUGUUUGACAAGUAUUUUUAUCGACUUUAUUAACAAAUGUUUUGUUUUUAUGUUUUUUAAAGUUGAUAGUUACUUUGUUAUGGCUGUUUUAUUUAUUUUUUUCGUUAAUACUUGCUGAUUUGAGCAAGGAACGGGACAUAUCUGGCUAUGGUGAAAUCCAGUGUGGGGUCAGCUUUUCGUUUGAAGAUGGAUGAACAAAACGUCACCAUCUUUAUCACAAGUUUGAAUAAAAAUCUGAUGUCAA